AACUUGAAAAUAUGAGUCUGUUGUCCUGCUGCCUAUUAAAGAACUAUUAGGUUCCAUUUUACCAUAACCCACCUACUUUUACUGAAUAAGAUCUUCAUGAGCAGCAAGUUUAUCAAAAUGUGUUUUCACAGUGUGAUAACACAGAACAGGACUGGGGGAAUUUGACUAACAUUCUGUGUCAGCAGGCAGCCCUGUCAAAAUCAAACCAUUAACUGCCACUUUUGAAGAAUCUCUGUUUUUAUCAUAACCCUGUCGCAACUCAUCACGACAGAAAACACUGUUUGAUUCACUCAGCUUACACGGAAACUGAUGAGGCUUUGGUAGAAAAAUGUUAGUCACAGUGCAGAUGGUACAUAUGAGAAAGUCUGAGCUUCAAGUUGUAAACAGGACAGCGCACGGCGGCGGGUAGAGCAGAGUGGGCGGGAGAGACAGGAAGACAGGAAGAUGUUAACAGGUAAGGAAAUAAUGACACAGAAGAUGGGUACAGACGAGAGACGACAGGCAGUCAGAGGCACACCUUGAGGAAGUCCAGCGAGGUUAAGAAAAUAACACGGGCUGAAAACAGGUGCAUUUCAACCAAAGGAUGGGAGUGAUGCAAUACAUCGUGGCUGUCCUGAUGUUAUCUGCACAUUCGGGGCUCACCUCCCCCGUGGACACGCAGAUCGCCCAGUAUUACACAGAGGGAGGCAGGACGUGUCUAAAGUGCCCACCAGGCCAGUACCAGAAGUCUUGCAUAGAGUGUGAGCCAUGUGGUGAUGGCACCUAUACAUCUGACUGGAACACUGAGUCCGUGUGCCAUUACUGUUUCAGAGGCUGCAGAGCAGAUUUGCAUCUGAGGAUCGUUCAGAACUGCAGCAAAACAACCAACAUCAGGUGUCGCUGUGAGGCCGGUUUUGAAUGCACACAGUCUGAACCAAAAUCAAACAACUGCAAAAACUGUGUGAAGAGCAGUGAGACAACAACACCUGCAGCCGUGACCUUACGCCAGACUCCAGCGUUCACAGUGCACAGCAGUACUUCCUCCAAACCAUGCAGCUUGCCCAACUGUGGCUCUCAGCGACUCGCACCAGAAGGAAAUGCCACAGAUGUCAGCAAAGACAUGAAGAGCCGAGAGCUGGCAGCCAUCUUGUGCCCAGUGGUGGCCAUCGGAUGCUGCAUAGCUCUUCUGGUCCUAUUCUGUACCCGAGGUCGUGGAAACGAAACCUGUUUCAAGCUAGCUAUCGUGAAGCUGUGCAAUGAGGGAGGGAGAGAUGCUUCAUCUCACAAAACUAAGGAGUCAACACAGCAGUUUCCCAGAUACGCAUCUACUACAAAACACCAGCCACUGCCCCUUGCCAAUCUGGGCCCAGUCCAUGUCCACAAUCCAGGGACAGUCAUCUUUAGCUUGCUCAGUCAGUUUACUGGCCAAGCUGAUCCGACAAGAGAGGAGGACAGGACAGAAAAGAGGGUCAGCAGUGAGGAAGUGGAAGAAAGGGACUGUCCCGUGUUUCAUCCGACCCCAUCCCCCUGCAUUCACCUCUCAGAGGAGGAGAGGAGCGGAGAGGCAGAAAGAGUAUUCUUCCCCUCUCAGGAGCAGGGAAAGGACUGCCAUAUCUCCAAAGAGGAGGGGAUAUGAUGCGUGACAACAAUCCCAGGGGAUUUGCAAAAGUGUUUGUGACCAGUGGUAUCCUGUGACCCGGCGUAUCCUAAAAGCAUUGCCUAAAGGAAGGAAGGAACUGUCAAAAGUCCUCGAAUGAAUCUGAAAGAGAUUUGGCAUCUUCCUCUGCCAGCUGUGGAGGGAUCACAGCACCCUACAGUGACACCGUUACAGGUACUGGGAAAACUCACAGAGGCCUGUGCACACCAGACCAUAGUCGCUGAGCAAGAAAAAAAAUAUAUAUCUGCACGUCUGAUUUAUACACAGGCAUUUUCACUCUGGAAAAGCAGAUGCAGGGUGACAUCAGAGGUAGCCUAUACAGGGAGAUAUUCCACCUAUAAGAGUAUCUGAGGUCACCUGACCCUAACCCUGGGCCAGACAGAGUGAAAUGAACAGCGCUCAUAAUUAUGUCUUCAUUAUAAAUAUUGAGCUGAGUAACAAUGACAGCAAUAGUCCAGUUACUGGUAAAUAUCUGGAAUCAAAUCUAAUAAUCAUUUUAUGGAAUUAAGCCACAGUGACCUCCAUUGGUUCUCUUGUUUGGCAAGUGCUCAGCACUGCCCCCGAUGGCCAAAAGACUGUACUGCACUCUUUUUUUUCUGUCUCACAGCAGAAGUGGUUCAGCUCUUUAUCUAUAAGCUUUGGUGACCCCCUUGUGUUAUUUAUGAGUUAAGAAACCACACAACUGCACUGUGCUCUUUAAUAAGUUCACUUUGUCAGCUCUAGCAAGUUAACAUUAUUAUUAUUAUUAUUACUACUACUUUUUUUGCACAAGUAGUGGACAUUUUGAUCAUGAUGGAAUGUAACUGUGAAUAAAGAC